CUCCAGAUCCCAUUAACCAAUAACCAGCCAUAUCCUUCCUCUUUUGAGGGAAUCACCACUCCACAAGUCAUUACAAUCAUCCACUGUUUGCAUAAUCAAGAACAUCUCAGUACCUGGAACAUUCUGUGAUCUUCAGCACCAGAGCAUUGAAUUCUGGUAACCAAAACUUGAUUCCAGCAUUUGAAGACUGAAUGUGUGUUGAAGAGAAAGCCAGAAUGGUCUGGAUGAAUAAGUGAAAACAGAGCUCUGCACUGUUCACAAAGAAGGCCUUGACUUAAAAUCUGGCAGAAAUUACGUUUAUGUAGUAGGAAUCCAGACAGUAUUGUAUUAUAUCUUGGGUACUCUACUAACAGAGUCCCUCGAAUAACAAAAAUGUGACAUUCAGCUACUAGAUUGGAAGAGAAAAUAAUCUCAAGGAUAGCUUUGUCCCAAACAUUGGGGCAUUGAUUACAUGCCCAGAUGUUUCUGUUUUGGCCUCUCUUCCAUACUGAUUUAUGCAACUUUGCAGAAGAUCAGUACAAAAAGGAGGUGUGAGGAGAGGAUAAUAAAGAAUGAUUUUGUCUUCAGGUACAUUAGAAGUUGUAAGAUAAAAAAUAAAAAAUACCUACAUUCCCACCACUGACACUACCUUCUGUGUUGUCAUAUGCCAGGAUCAUCUUUGGAUGAUUAUGUUAACAUUUUGCUUUUUAACAAUGGCUUCAAAUAAGAUGCGAUGGAAAAACUAACUUCAGAGAGUGCCUCAUCUACUGUCCAAGCUCCUAUUUGCAAGGAGUUAGUAUUUCUUUAGUGUUGGACCCUAGUACAAAAAGUUCUGCUUCAGCAAAAUGUGAACAUCUUUUUUCAUUGUGGAGGGAAGAUUACACUGGGAAGUGAAAUCAGAGCAGAGAAGAUUACAUUGGCAAGUGAAAUCAGAGCAGAGAAUGACUCAGUAUAACCAUUCAGCAGAGCUCUCUCUCCAGAGCUCAGCAGAUAAGUCAUUAAAUUUCACUGAAACACCACUGGCUUUGGACGAAAGGACACUAUUAGGGCUGAAGAUUUCGCUGUCAGCCCUUCUGUCUGUUAUAACUUUGGCAACGAUCCUUGCAAACGUUUUUGUCAUUAUUACAAUUUUUCUGACUAGAAAGCUCCACACACCUGCAAAUUACCUCAUUGGUUCCUUGGCAGUGACCGAUCUUUUAGUGUCUGUCCUAGUGAUGCCCAUCAGCAUUGCUUACACUGUCACCCACACAUGGGCCUUUGGCCAAGUGUUGUGUGAUAUCUGGUUAUCCUCAGACAUCACGUGCUGCACAGCCUCAAUCUUACACCUCUGUGUUAUUGCACUGGACAGAUACUGGGCUAUCACAGAUGCUUUGGAAUACGCCAAACGCCGGACUGCUGGCCGAGCAGCACUCAUGAUUGCUGUGGUCUGGAUGAUCUCUAUUAGCAUUUCUGUGCCACCACUUUUCUGGAGGCAAGGGAAAGCUCAUGAAGAAAUUGCGAAGUGUACUGUGAACACAGAUCAGAUUCCCUACACAAUUUACUCCACCUGUGGAGCUUUCUACAUCCCAACUGUGCUCCUCGUAAUAUUGUAUGGUAGAAUUUAUGUAGCAGCUCGAUCCAGGAUUCUGAAGCCACCUUCAUUAUAUGGGAAACGAUUUACUACUGCACACCUGAUUACUGGCUCUACUGGGUCUUCUCUCUGCUCCAUUAACUCCAGCCUGCAUGAGGGGCAUUCCCAUUCAGGUGGAUCCCCAAUAUUUAUCAAUCAUGUUAAAAUAAAACUUGCAGAUAGUGUCCUGGAAAGGAAAAGAAUUUCUGCUGCAAGAGAAAGGAAAGCCACCAAAACUCUAGGCAUAAUUCUGGGAGCUUUCAUUUUCUGCUGGCUGCCAUUUUUUGUCAUGUCCCUGGUCCUGCCAAUCUGUCGGGAUGCUUGUUGGUUUCAUCCUAUCCUACUGGACUUUUUUACAUGGUUAGGUUACUUAAAUUCACUGAUCAAUCCAGUCAUUUACACAGCUUUUAAUGAAGAAUUUAAACAGGCUUUCCAAAAACUAAUACAUUUCAAAAAGUGCUCGUCUUGAUCCUCUCCUAUUGUUAUUGACUUCUGUACAACCUCACAGCCUACUCGGAGACUUUCUGUACCUUUAUUCCUUAAGUAAGGAGUGGUAAUUGCCAUCUCUGCUGCUAGCCUGUGUUGUGCAUGUAACUGGGAACUUCUUGCCAAUUUGAUACUUUCUGUCUGGAAUUCUGUAUCCCAUAGUAGAACUUGUCUAUGGUCUCUGCAGUGAUCCUUUGUGUAUAUAAGAUCAAAACAUGAAGUAAGCUUUGUAACAAGUGAAAGAACCAGAAAGCUGAGUUUGUAUGAUAAGAUAUUGCCCAGUUCUGCCAUGACUUUGUAACCUGAUGGGAGGAGAAUGUGUGCAUAUUUGCAGGACUUCAGUAUUUCUGGUGUAUAUUAUUAGCAAUUUAUGUAAGCAGAGAACAUUUCUAGAGAACAGGAUCUGCUGCCUACUUUUUCUGUGGCAUGUAUCCUAUCCAUUUGAAAUUGAUAAAACCAGUAACUUCUUCAGAAAUUGUGUGACACAGUCUGACUAUAAGCAACAGGGCACAAAGACAUAACAAAUAUCUAAGUUUGGUUGACACUUCAUGAUUAUGCAUUUUGCAUUUGCUGCUACACUUUUGGUGAACUCCAGAAAGAAGACUUAUUUAUUUGAAAUUAUUUUUACACAUUUUAUCAUGAAUAGAAUAGCCAGUGCAGA